AUGGAUCCCAUUCUCGAUGGUUUGAACCACGCGCAGCGCGAGGCCGUCACGUCCUCGGCCCCGAUCCUCCAGGUGCUCGCUCCCCCGGGCUCGGGCAAGACGAAAACCCUCACGGCGCGCGUCGCGUACCUGCUCUCACACCAUGGUUAUCAGCCCCAGGAUGUCAUCUGCUGCACGUUCACGAUCAAAGCCAGUCGGGAAAUGCGAGAGCGUCUGAGUAAGCUGAUCGGGGAAAAAUUGCAGUCACGGCUGAUUCUGGGCACGUUUCAUUCGAUCUGCCGGCGGUACCUUGUCAAGUAUGGGUAUCUGAUUGGGUUGCGGAAAGGAUUCGGGAUUGCAGACUCGGAUGACACUCGAGCCAUUCUCCGGAGGAUAAUCAAACGUCUCAAGUCCACGAUUGAUAUCAGAGCCGCCCAAGCACGGAUCUCAAAGCACAAGGCCCAUGGUCUUGCUCCCAGGGACUUGACCGACAAGGUCAAAGCUGACGAGGCAGAACUGGUCGAUAUCUACAGCGCAUAUAAUGAGGCUCUUGUCGCAGCCAAUUUGCUCGAUUACGAUGACCUGCUUCUGCGCUGCUGUGAUCUGCUAAGAGAGCAUCCUGAGUGCGUCUCGAAUGUGCAGACGGUCCUGGUCGACGAGUUUCAGGACACCAAUAUCAUCCAAUACGAGUUGAUGAAUCUCUUUGCCGCCAAGCACCGUCGGAUCACGAUUGUCGGGGAUCCAGAUCAAAGCAUCUACGGGUUCCGGUCCGCCGAAAUCCAGAACCUCCGGCGAAUGCAGAGGAAAUACUCCAAUACGUGUGUAGUUCUACUGGAAUCGAACUAUCGUUCGUCGGGCUCUAUUUUGAACUCUGCUCAGGACGUGAUUGAGCAAGACACCACGCGACCUGCAAAGAAGCUCGAAGCCACUCAUCAAUUUGGAACUCUGCCUGUCUUGCGAAAACUUCCGAAUCCCAAUGCCGAAGCGACGUGGAUGGUUCUUGAGAUCAAGAGAAGCAUAGCAUUGACGGGGAGAUUGCUACGCAUGUCCGAUUUUGCGGUUCUUCUUCGCUCGGCUUCAUUAUCCACGCGCAUCGAGUCUGCCUUUGGGCGGGCAGGAAUACCGUACAAGAUGGUGGGUGGUCGCAAAUUUUUUGAUCGAGUCGAAGUGAAAACACUGCUCAACUAUUUACGAGUUGUGAGCCAUUCGGAUCAUUCGGACGCGUUGCUGAGUAUCAUCAAUGUUCCCCCCCGGCGUAUUGGUGAUGAGACUAUCAAGCUGUUGACGGGGGGUGCGGACAAGGCUGGGACCCCCUUGUGGACCUUUGUCAAAGACGUGGUCCAGGGUCGCAGGGCAACGGAAAAAAAGCUACAAAAAGCGGCGGAGCUGGGCCUCUCCUCUCUCGUCAAGCUCAUCGAUUCUUCCCGACAGAAGUUACAGGACUGCGCCGAUGCGUCCGCACCAUGCAUGCUUCUGGAAUACAUCACGGAGAGUUUGUCCUUUCAAGAGUAUUUGCUCAAGGCCUACCCGCUGGACGAGGACGGUCGCUGGGCGAACGUGAAAGAGCUGAUGGGUCAAGCAAACGACGUCGCCCUGUCGGGGAGUGAGACGAACCCUGAAGAGGAACUGCCCGAGAUUGAAGGUGUCGAGCAGCAGCAAACUCAUCCCGGCGAAGAGGCUCUUUCUCGAUUUCUCGCCAAUGUAGCGCUGGCCACCGAAGCUCAGACCAAGGAUGAAGAUGAGGGGGGAUCAGGAAGCGUCACGAUCUCGACCAUCCACGCUGCCAAGGGCUUAGAGUGGCCCGUCGUCUUCAUUCCAGCGGUGUACAAUGGAAGUAUCCCUCACUCACGCGCAGAGGUGGUUGACGAGGAACGGCGUCUUCUAUACGUUGCCAUGACUCGAGCGCAGGUACUCUUGUAUUUGAGCUUGCCGCUCAAGCAAUUCCGGUUUGGCGAGGGGGAAGAUGGCUCGACCAGUCUGACGCCUUUCCUGCCUCCCAAAAUUGUCAAGUCACGCUUUCGUCUCAAAGGUCCUCAGUUCCACGAGCAGAUCGUUCAUGGUAUCGCCGAUACUCUGCGUCGACCGCGACCAACAGCUGAGGCACUUUGCCAAGAUAUUGCGUCGCUACCGUCCGUGUUGGACGAUAAAUGGACCUCGGAAGGUGAGGAGAUCCGCGCCGACGAGGACGAGCGGAAUGACAGCCAACGCCACGGUGAUCACAUUCAAGGGCCAUACCCCAAACGCAGAAGGCCAGACCAUGAGGGGCGAAAUCCCAUGUCCUACACGACUACUAGCAGUGUCAACUCCGGUGCUUCGUCUUCGUUUCUGGUUCCCACUACGAUGUCCACGGGUGGAUUUACCUCGGCCAGGGACUAUAUCGCGGUUCAGCCAAAUGAUUCCAAAAGUGAAGUUCGCACACAGGCCAAAGACCAGGCGUCGGCUCCUGGCACUCGCCAGGACGGACUGAACCAAGCCAGCAUCUCGACGUUCUUUGGGAAACCCGGUGCAUCCGUUUCCCAGGGAAGACCUACUCCGCCUGCCAGUAGUAACUAUUCAUCCCGUCAGCCAUCUUUGCACAACGGCCCAGCUUCUUCUGGGAUGCAGCAGCCUGACGCCAGCAGAGUCCCGACCUCUCUUUCCUCCCACCGCCUCCAGCCACGUCCCCUUCAUCCAUCCCGGCCCGCCCUCGAGUCUACCGCUCCGACAAACUAUACCUGGAUGGCCGCUCCCACCUCAUCACACGCGAUGAAGCCUGCUCGGAUGUUUUCCGCGCCAUCUGCGUUACAUGGACAGCCCACCCAGACCGCAACACAGAACACCAGCGAGGCGACGUCCGUGGCUACCAACGGUGUUCGAUCAAAGGCAUUCUACACGACUACAAUGGAUCAGGUGCGUCAGCAGGCCCCGUCGGCGACAGGACGUCGCACACUGGGUAUCCGGCGCAGUAUGAAUGGCUGGGCCGAACGGAUGAAACGAGAGAAGACCGGUGGGCAAGGGGAUUCCAUGUAA